CUUUGACGACCACGGGGACACCGGUGUCCCAAAUAGAAAUAAUACAAUAAAACAGUAAUUAAAAAACUUAUUUUAUCUUUUUGUUAUUUUAUCUUAUAGUUUUUGAACGUACGUUUUUCAUUUUAUAUGCUGGCAACACAAAAAAAAUAUCGUUCUUUGUCUAUGGCUAUCGAAAACUGAGACUUCGUUAAGCGCGCGAAUCGAGUAUUUUGUAACAGUACAUAAAAGGUGUAAAACUAUUUUUUAAGAAUUUACAGUGUGAAAUAAUCAUAGCCUGAUUAUGUUUCGCAAAGGACGCGGCCUUUUCGAACUUAAAGAAAAUGAAGUGCAACAGAUUUUGAUGGCUGAUAACAGUGACGAAGAGGACAAUUUACUGCUUGACGAAGAGGAUCAAAGGCUUUUGACUCAGGAUGAUGAUCAAGGGAUUGUGGACGUGGAAAUUGACGGUACGAUAACUGAACAUACUGACUCAACAAGACCUGAGCCUUCCACAUCAGCACCUGUAAACGAAGCACAGCAUCAACCCGUCUUCAAGUGGAAUUCGAGAACAUACGCACCAAAUGUUUUUCGUGAUGUGGAAUACGACUUCGGGAAAGUGCAAAUCUGUCAAGAAGCUGAAAAUGGACUAUUGACUCCCUUUGAUAUAUUUUGUUCAGCGACAAAUUUUUAUAAUUUAGUGCAAUAUAUAGUACCGGAGUCAAUACAAUAUGCUCAUCAAAAUGGACGGGAGUUUACUAUUGAUCUCGAAGAAAUGAAAGCAUUUCUUGGGAUGAAUGUAGUCAUGGGCUAUCAUAUCUUGCCAUCAUUGAGGGACUACUGGUCUACAGAACCAGACAUGGCAGUACAAUUCAUAUCGAAUGUUAUGCCAAGGGCUCGAUUUGAAGACAUUCGCCGGAACCUACAUUUCUGUAACAACGAAGCGGUAAGAGACACAACUAGCUCUAAUUAUGAUAGGGCAUACAAAGUUCGGCCAAUAAUAACACAGUAA